UUCCCUCCCUAGCAUCACUCUGUCGCCUCAUUCGCUCAUUUGGGCAUUUUCACAAACACUUUUUCAAAAGAAACGUUUCUUUUUUACUUACAUGGCCAGACCACAACAACGAUAUCGAGGUGUCCGACAAAGGCACUGGGGUUCUUGGGUGUCUGAAAUUCGCCACCCUCUGUUGAAGACUAGAAUUUGGCUAGGAACAUUUGAAACGGCAGAAGAUGCAGCUCGCGCCUACGAUGAAGCUGCAAGGCUUAUGUGUGGACCAAGGGCCAGAACCAACUUCCCUUACAAUCCGAAUGCACCUCAAUCAUCAUCAUCCAAGCUUCUCUCGGCAACUUUGACUGCUAAACUACACAAAUGCUACAUGGCUUCACUUCAAAUGACCAAACAACAAUCAGAGCACGAGCACCAAAACAAGGCACCAACUCCACAUGUUAUCAGGAACAACAGCAUUGCAGGAAGAGACAGUGGAAUGGGAGUUCGACUGCUGGAAAAGAGACCAUUUCCAGUUCAAGAGACCGAACCCAAUUGGGUUGUCAAGAAAGCUCAAAUUGAAAGCACCCAGCAGUUUAAACCUCUCGAAGAGGAUCACAUUGAACAAAUGAUUGAGGAACUGCUUGACUAUGGCUCCAUUGAACUAUGCAAUGUCUAGACCCUAUGAUGUCAAACACCAUCCUUUCUUUUUUUCUCUAUAUUUCUUCCCUUUUCUCUUGUUCACCAGUCAUUGAAAACGUUGGGCCGAGGCAUGCUAACUCUGUUACCAAGUCUCAAAGCAAACACAGCCUAGAGGAGUUAAGGCUGGCAGGUCUUUACAUUUUCUCCCAUGCUAAUGGCACGGAUCGUUAAUUUAACCCAUUCUUCGCAACCUUCCCACAUACUAUUUUCCAAGUGUUCUAGACCCUCUCUUUAGGUCCUAGUGUCUACCAGGUGACCCCAUUUGAUGAUGCUUAAUGUACGGCAAGCUCUGUUAUGAUAUAUGUUACUAUGAUAUUAUCAUCUGCUUUGUCUCUUUCUUUUGUUGAUUCGGAGGAUCAAUUCUAGGAAUUGCCAUUUUCACUCUUCUGAUUUUCAAGGUUGCCAAGUCUUGCAUAAUAAAUUACUUGCAUUGCCAUAUUGUCAAAAGUCAAAUGGACUAUCUAGCUGUCUAGAAUUAGGCAAAGUCAUGUUUGUCCUUUUCAAAGCAGCAAUUCAACCAUAAUCAUUU